AUGUCUAAACGGACGACAUUCACCACUAUUUCACCCCUGCCCUCUGGUAUAAGCCGGCAAGUCGUGCUUGAUUUCCUCCACAACCAUGAAGCAAUGAUCGACCUGAACCCUCUAGUCGUCGAGCGGCAUCCUUUACCAACACCGCCUGUGCACUGCCCCGAAGACGAGCGCCAAUGCACAUGGUGGAGCAUGACAGACAAGAUUUCCUAUAUGCCAGGAGUCAAGUCGGAUCUGACUUACACAGCGGCAUUUCAGGACUUGAAGGAUGGGAUCCGCACACACUGUUACGCGCCCAUGGGCACGCAUAUCCGUGAGCGCUGGAGCCUCGGUGGCACUUUGCCUGGGGAGCCAAAACAGCCCAUGGAGUUGGGCCUCGGCGCGCCCAGUCAAGGGCUUUAUAUCCGCGAAGAUGUGGAGGAUAAUCUCGAGAGGCACUAA